UGUGCAAAAAAUCCACUAUACAUUGUAAAAAUCACCAGUGUCUGUAAAUAAUAGCAGUAAGAAGCCAGGAUGGUGACCAUGAAUUGAAAAUGCAUGUCCUUGAUUGAAUUUAAAUUAAUACAAAAAUCCUGCUCAAACAUCCCAACCCAAUGAAAGUGCAGACACUUCCCAUUUGUGUUGGACUGAGCAGGAAGUGAAUAUAUGAUACACUGGUCAUUAUGCAGCCACAUAUCACAUGACACAGAUAAUCUGGAAACAACAAGAGUGUCUAUGUGCAUCGUUGUGUCAGUGCAUCAAGUUUCAAGGGGUUAACAGACCUUGGUUUCAAUAAAACAGCUUCUGUGAGACAUAGGUAGUAGUCACAUUUUAGAGCAGUCUAGUAACUGUGCACACAGUUCAGAUAACAGAGCAGGUAAUAUGCUGCUGGGCAGGUAUUUAAAAACGUUUUUGGUUAACAUGCCUAGACAGAGCCCUAUGUCCUACUUCCUGCUAUAUGCAAAUGUAUGUACCAGCAUACUGUAACUUUCAGAAAUGCAGAAGUUAAAAACACAAGCUAUGUGUGUAUAAACAUGGGACAAAAGAGAGGAAGGAACACAGGCAGGAGUUCAUAUCACAUUAAACAAUGGAGGUCAGAUUUUUGAGUAACACGGCUCUCUUGCCAAUCCCUAACUGUAGAAGUCAUGUGAUUUUAUGAAGGCGUGGUAAUGAAAACGAUCUCUCCUUUCACCACGUUUUUUUUAAACUGACACCAUUAUGUUUGACUGCCUCCUGGGAAGCAGAUAGUUAAAAAUCACUCAGAGCUGUGAACUGUGUUGACUGGAUCAGCAUGGUUGUCGUUGGGGGAAUCAAGUGUGUGAAAUAUCUCAUGUUUGUCUUCAACUCUUUCUUCUGGCUUGCAGGCACUGCUGUCUUCACUAUAGGCCUGUGGCUGAGAUUAGACCCACAGACCAAAGGCCUGUUUGAAGAAACAGACUCUCCAAAUGUGUUUUACACGGGUGUAUAUAUCCUGAUAGCAGCUGGAGCUCUAAUGAUGGUGGUGGGUUUUCUGGGCUGCUGUGGGGCCAUCCAGGAGUCCCCCUGUAUGCUGGGAAUGUUCUUCUUCUUCCUACUUAUCAUAUUUGCCAUUGAAGUUGCGGCUGGUAUCUGGGUAUUUUCCAACCAAAGCAAGGUGGUAAACGACAUCACAUCAUCCUACAUGCAGACCUACAAGAAGUUCAAGAUGCCAAAUUCAGAUAAGAGACUCAGAGACACUCUGCGGAUGAUUCAAACUGGGCUGAACUGUUGCGGGCCAACUGGUACGGUAGAAGAGGCUGACAAAGACACCUGUCCCCAGGGAGAGCUACUUGAGGAGCUCAUUACUAAGAGCUGCCCUGAUGCCAUUGACGAGGUGUUUGACUCCAAGCUACACAUCAUUGGAGGAGCCGGCAUCACCAUUGGGGUUGUUAUGGUGUUUGGGAUGAUCUUUAGCAUGCUCCUGUGCUGCGCCAUCAGGAAGUCUCGGGAGGUGGUGUGAGUCCCACCAUCACAUCCUGGAGUCCUUUAUUAAUAUUGCAUGAUGCUAUUCCUAGAGUCACAUGACUCUCCACUGCCAUAAACACUGCUUGUUCAAGUGGGACAAUCUAAGAUAGGCUGUGUGCGGAUAUCUCUGAUUAUUAGAUAAUACAUCAGCUAUAACUGCGACUGACACUUAGGCCCACCCUUUCUGGACUAUAUAGAUGCAAUGUGGUUAUAAGGCCCAACUAUAGAAUGGGUGUCAUCUGUGCUUCAGUGGAAAUGUAUUGAAGACAUAAUUGUGUGGUCAUUUGACUGUAAUUAGUGUUUGUGAACUGCUAAUUAUCUAAACAAAAGAUCAUAUUAUUGUAUAUGGAUCACAUUUCUAUUGCCAUCACUUGACAGCCAGAAGAAUCAUGGAUCAGGGCCUCAGAAAAGGCCACCACCAUCCAGCAAUAGCCAAUGAAAUUCUACAGUCCUUUUUUUUUACAACACAGAUAUAAAACUAUGGUGACUAGUAGCCGAUUCAAUGCUAAGCUGGGAACUGCGGUCAGUGCGGUUCACCUAGCUCGGUAUUAGAGUAGCAUCUCGGUUUCUACAUUGUGACAUUUUAUUUGUACCCUUCCUAUUGUCUCUAUCCAUAACAUGCCCUUUCUAAAAACGCCUUUUCAUUUUUUGUCAAGUUUUGUAAAUGUCUUUUUUUAUUUGUAAAAGGUUUAUACACAUAGAUGGUUGUAUGGUACAUGUGUUUUAACUGUGAUGGUGUAUUUUAUAAUGUUCUUUCCAUGUUACAUAGACUGGACUUGAUUUAUACCAUAUGCACUAUGUUUCACAGAGACAAAAUGAAUGAGAGCCUAAUAAAAUUAAUUGUACUGACUCUGAAGGUGUUUUGCAAUGGCACGCAGUUACUCACACAGCGAACGUCAUGUUGCUGUAGUUUUACUUUAAGCCAUUUCUCAGAAGGUCACCGAGUUAAAUACAUUAACUACAAGAGCAAAUUCUUCACUAUUAAAAUAAGAUACUAUCAAA